AUGGCACAUUGGUUUCAUCGAAAUCCAUUGAAAUCUUCAAAAACGGCCAAGUUUGAGCUAAAACAAGUUGUGACCAAUUCGGAUUCGUCGAAAAUAUGUUCGUAUGUUGUUUACGGUUUAUUUUAUGUAAUAAUACAUGGAUAAUGCUAGCUGUUUCACUGAACAUUGACAUUGUAGAGAGUUACGAUUGAGACGAGAACAGCUGUUGGAUAUUCUGACAUCAGCUAGUGCUUCUACUGAUUUGGUUGAGGGUGAAUUCGAUUCGUACUUGAGAAAUUUGUAUGGAUUUGUGUUUGAUUUGGAGGAUGCUGAAAAGAACAGUAAGCUACGAUAUAUGGGGAAGUUCACAUGGUCACAAUCAAUGUUAGGAGCUGAUGGGUUGUAGGUUUCAAUGUUUUUUAUUGAUUAUUUUGGUUUUUGAAGCUUUUUGACUGAUGGAACCCUUAAAUCUUUCAUGGAUUCUAAUAUAUGGUAUAAGACAUGUAUAUAAAUGUUUUAAUUACAUUUAAAUUUUGCUUAUGUUCAUCGAAUUCUGAACUACAAUAUUAAUUUUGCAGUCAAUCGAGUGAUUCAUGGUUCGAAGUGCUAAAUCUUUGUAUAAACAUUGCAAUUUGGUACAUGAAAAGAGCUGCCUUUUUAUCAUCUGGUGAUGAAGUCAGUGAUCUUGACUCUAAAAACAUUCACACGUCUUUGCGGAAAGCGGCCGGAAUCUUUGAUUACGUGUCACAAAACGCUGAUAAGGUUGGAAUCAUACCUCAAGCAACAGGAAAUGAUUUGGAUUCAAGAAUUCUGAGAGGCUACAAACAACAAUGUUUGGCAGAAGCGCAGGAAAUUACAAUAGCCAGAGCUAUAGAGCUGAAACAUUCCGCGAAGUUGAUAUACUCUUUGGCCAAUCAGACGGCCAAGGUUUAUGCUGAAUGUCGUAAGUUUUUCGAGAUUAUAGUCAAUGUUUUAUACAACGUAAUCUUUAAUUUUUUUAGGAAGUUGUUUUACCGUGUAAAAUUUUUAAAUUUUUGCUUAAAAAUAGAAUGUAAACACUAAUUUAACAUCUCAAUAUUGUAGUUGGAUGUCUCGACGGUCUAGACGCUUCAAUAUUCGAAAAAUGGCGUAAGUACUUUGAACUAAAGAAGGAGUUCUACUUGUCGUAUGCUUAUGCAUAUCUAUGUGAACAUCUUUUGUCAGAAGAUGAAUGUGGCAAAGCGAUAAGAGCCUGUCAAGAAGGCCAAGAUCAUUACAAACAAAGUGAAAUAGUUUGUGGCCAAUAUGCGAAGUCUUCAGGACCAGGCUUUGUGGCAAAGCCAGAAUGUCAUUUGUUUUUCCGUCGUAUUCAACCGAUUCUGGAUAGACACAUGGACAAGGCCAAAAGGGAGAAUGGGUUUAUUUACCAUCAGUCUGUUCCAACCGACUGUCCUGAGUUUGAGGUCGAAGCCGAGUUUGGUUUAGCAUCGCCGAUUGAGUUUAAACAUCCUGGGAAGUCUGAUGUGAGUUUGAUUUACUUUAUGAAACAAUAGUUUACAUUUAAUGUUUUGGUCAUAAAGUUUGUAGAAUCUUAUUUUUCAAAGUAUUUUCAAUCAACUUAUAAGUGCCAGUAUUUUUGCAAAACAAGGCAGACACAAUUGUGUUUGUUUAAUAGUAAAAUAACCUUAAUAAAUGAUUAUGUAUACAAUAAAUAUUAUUAUUAUCUUGCAGCUAUGGACCAACAGUUCCUACAAAUCCUUUGACAUAACUAAAUCGGAUAUGCCAGACUUUAAACCACCUCAGAAAUGUGGGAAGAUACCUCUAGUCAAGGAGAAGAAGGUCUACGAGACCGAUAAGGAUCCGUCCAAUCUCUCGGGAUGUGUAAUUUCUUAA